GCCUGCACCGCGCGUGCCCGGGUGAACGUUUAAAUCAUUUGCGCGCAAGAGCAUCCGUGCGCAGGAUCAAAUAAGCUACAUCCUCGGGCAGCAUUGCAAUCGCUGCGCCUGUCAUCUGUAGGGGUGCUCUUCCAAGACACGCGCUCUCAGAUAGAGCAACACGCACCGAUGCUGCAGCGCGCCAUGAUGCUGAAAGCGAUUGCUCUCACAUACUGCGUUGUACCGACGACAGCGUUCCAGCCGGCCCUCACCCGUCGCAUCGCUACCAAGACCCCGACGCCGCCGCCCGCGUUCUCCCCGAGCGCGACCCGGCGCCGGCCAUGUCUCGCGGUGAGCGCCGGCGGCGCCAGCAGUCCGGGCGGCGGCGGCCGGCUCCCGGCGCUGCUGCGCGCCCUACGCUCCGUGGGAACGAUCUCCGGGCUAUUCCUCGCGGCCGGCCUCGCGGAGAUCGGCGGCGGCUGGCUCGUCUGGAAGGCCGUGCGCGAGGGCGCGCCGCGCUGGUGGGCGGCGUGCGGCGCGCUGGUGCUGGCGGCCUACGGCUUCAUCCCCUGCCUCCAGCCCAUCGACGACUUCGGGCGACUCUACGCGGCCUACGGCGCCGACGCAGAGUCCCCCGUCUCUCGUGGGUACGUUCGUAGUCUUACUGGUCGACGGCCGCGCAGGUGGUAUUUUCAUCGGCAUGAGCUUCGCCUGGGCCCGGGUCGUCGACGGCAUGGCCCUCGACCGGGGAGACGUCAUCGGCAGCGCGGUCGCGCUCGUCGGCGUGGCGAUCGUGCUGCUGUGGCCCCGUGAUUAGUUCUAGUGUGUUCAAAAG